AUGGAGUUUGUAGAUGCUAUUCGGGAGCUCAAGGCUCUUCCAGAGGGCAUACAUCUCUUAUGUCCGCGACAAAGCGAAGACGAUUACGACCGUUAUGAUAAUCUGGGUGAUAUGAAAGAUGGAAAGCCCGUGAAAGACCUCGUAUCCGAGGCAACAGCUCGCAAGAAGAAAUUCCUCUCUUCUAUGCGAAUUCUCGCCUACAAUGCAGAUGGAGUGGAGGAGCUACAAACCUGGAUCUUGAGCAGCUUGGAUGAAUCCCUAGAGAAAUGUGAUAUUUGUAUCAAAGAAUAUUACACCGGAAAGAUCUGGUUGAUGGAGCUGCUCAAGGAGGAAAACUACCAAGAGGAAGAUAUUGAGGCAUUUGCUCAGCGUCUGGACGAGUGGGACGUAAAGCGUGUCACCCGAAAUUUGUCCACUGCAACUACACAGCUUAAAGCUGUACCGCCAGAGAAGAUUGCGUUGGACGUUCUUGACCGAGCUGCCUUGCUUUCGAUAUUUGAAACCUUGAGCUGCGAGGCUAUGCUUCGCAGUGAUAGUCUUCUCCAAGAGCACUUUGAUGUUCCAUUUAAGUUGAUCCAAACCAGAAGAACAUUGAAGAUCUCCGAUUAUGUUCCGGCUGUUACUCGCUUUCUGUUUGACUCAAACCAGCUGCGAAGUUUCUGGGCAAUUUCAACGUGGACUCGCUACAAUAGAGCCCCGACGACAAUCGAGUUCGAAUGGGCACUUCGGGAUGGAUUGCUCAACGCCCUACAGUCUGCCUCCCAACAACCCCUACAAAUGGCCCUCGUCCAACGGCUGUGGCGAGGAAUGCAACUUAUUCUCAAAAAGUUGGAAAAGGAGCAAAUAACACAUCAGCUCCGCGCAUUGGAAAUCGAUCCAUGCCGGCUCUCCGUUGAUCAUUUGGCCUUCCCAUCGCCGGGGUUGCGAUAUCUUCUUAACACGAUCCAAAUAUUCCUAGAAAAGGCACCUGCCGACUUUUGGGAUGCGAUGCAAACCAUUUCACCACAAGCUUUGAUUGAACACACAUUUCAUAAUCCGCAAUUCAAUACAUUUUUGAUGCAAGUUCAGGAGGGUGAGCCCUGGGAUAAGUCCGUUCUCAAGGAUAUUUUAUCAUGGAUUAGCCCGUUCCUGAGCUCGUUGAAAGGCGCCCAUCAGCCAUCCGCCUGUCGAGCCCUAGCAUUACCAUUGUUGAAGCAGUUCCAAGAUCCCAAAUUCCCAAAUUUGGCGCGUUAUCAUUGCUUCGAAGCUGGGCUGCACAGUCUUUUACAUACUCUGCGGUUUUUCACAGAUGAUGAAGCCUCGCGAGGUUCAGUCGCUCGGGUUGUCCUUAAAGAGACCAUGGGCGUCCUAGAGGACACAGUACGCAUCAUUCUGAACCCACCGACAUUCGCCAUUGCCCAAGAUCUACAAAAAAACCUCAUAUCGUUAUGUAUGGACGUUGUCCGUAAUACAUUAGCUCUCGAAUGUCAAUCACUAAAGAGUGAUUACGAAGUUAUCUUGAAACAACGCACGCUCGCACAUGGUGUUUCCACUUACUCUGCUCCAAUAUGGGAUGCAGUAAUUCAACACCUCUCCCCAAAUAAUCUUGCUUUAUCCAAAUCUGCCCUUCUCGGAAUUUUACCUUUGGUGGGUCUGGAGAAGUUUCCUAUAAAGGGGGAAGACAAUCAAGAGAAGACACACUUCAACAUGAUUUAUGGCCACCUUACGCGCCUGUCUUGCCAAAUCAUUGAACGAUUGUCAGAUUUCCCUCAAGAUCAUCUGAACGAGCUGUUUAGCUUUCAAGAUACUGCCAGUGCAUUGAUCUCGACGCUAUUUGCCGCUGAUCUGGAUACCUAUCAGGCAUCCGUAGAUCUGAUCAAGAAUGUCAGUGGCCAAUUAGCCCGACGGGAUGCCAUCUCUCACUUGCUUCAAUCCUUUUUCUUGCCAACCAUGUAUGGUCUCAGUUGGUCAUUCCGUCGAAUCUCCAACAUGAAGACAUUUGCUCCAGCUCCUCGGAUGCUACAUACAGGUACUGAUAUCGUGGAAAUUUUAUGUAACAGUCAGACUGGUAUGCUUCGAACCCGCAAUCUUGUCGAUCGUCGAGAAAUUGUAUCAUUGCAAAAACUGUGGGAGUUCUUAUGGUCUGCAUUGAGUACUAUCUUCGAUGAGACAGAAGCGUGGCAUCUUCGGGGAAAUGACAAAACUGUAAUGCUGGAGUUUUGUCGAGAUACCAUACAGUUUGCGGACUUUCUCUUCGAUCAGUAUGGUGUAUUCUUGGGAGCUGUUGGGGGAGAGGACGCUGGCCAAAAGGCAUUCCUUCAAUCACCCAAUAUCACUAUGAGCGCCAUGGUAAAGUGGUUACGAUUGAAAGAUGAAUAUCUGGCCAAUACCCUAGUUGGGUUGGUUUCUAAACUAUUGAGGAGGUUCGCAGGAUUGGAGGUCAAGGUGAAGCCUGAUGCACUGGAUUUCAUUGAGGGGGUGGCGGCAAAUGCUACUAUCAAAACGAUCCUCACGCCUCGGGAUAAGGCCGAAUUAGUCCGUUCGUUGGAGGCCUAUUACAAGCGUCCCGUAGUUACUGCCACCACAGCUUCACUCAAAAAACAAGCCUCAAUUACCGCUUUUGUCAAAUCAUCUGGUCUUUCCAGUCCUCCUUCUCGCACCAUCAGUGAAGACGAUUUUGACGAUAUUCCUGAUGCUACUCUUCUUGAACUUUCUCAAUCCGUUGAACUCAACAAAGAUCGCCGUGCUGCUCAAGCUAUAUCUCAAGCGCAAGCGAAGCGCAGAUCCGAAGGCGCUUCUAAAAUUGGAGCCGCCGCAACCACCAAGACGCUCCCACUGGCGAAGCCACAACAGCGUGGCACACCACGCCCCACUAGCAACGAUGUCACACAUGUGUUGUCCUUCCGCGAGAAACGAGAGCGUGAGAAAGAGGCCAAGAAGCGACGCGACCAAGCUGAAUUGGCUCGGCUUAAGGGCCAUAUCGCUGGUCAAACAGCUGAACAAGGCUCUGGCCUGAAAGGUAUUGGUAUUAAGGGUAAAGACCAUACAAUUCCUGCAGAUAGUAUGAUGGUUUCGUCUGGCUCUGACACUGAUUCUUCGAGUGAAGAUGAACUUGAUAAAGACCUAUUUGGCGCAAAAUCGAGAAAGCCAGAUGCCGUGGCUGCUUACGAACAGAGCAAGAAGCAAUCCCUCCAGCAGAUGCCCGUGAAGAAGGUUCGCCGCCACCGUUCUGCCAAGGACAUGCGUGCUCGUCUGGCCCCGGAUCUUUCAUCUCUCCACCAUUCAAUCUUAUCCUGGGACUUCUUUUCCACCGGCGACCAACCACCCAAUGGAGGCCGCAGCGAUUACACCUUAGUGUCCAACACAUUUCGCUCUCCGACUGAUUACCAAAACACCUUCCAGCCGUUGCUGAUUCUCGAGGCCUGGCAGCAGUUCCAGCAGGCCAAGGAAGAAGGAUCCUUCCGGCCCUUCGAAGUUAAAAUCAUGUCCCGUUUGACUGUCGACGAUUGGAUCGAGUUUAGCACCCAACCUCUUGGUCUCCCCAACAAAGACCUCUUUAUGAGCGAAGGCGACUUGGUCUUGUUUUCGAGUUCAUCAAAUCCCACCGGGGACCCCAACGGAGGACAUCUCCUUGCCCGAGUGCACGGCGUGAACCGAAGAGGUGGCAAACAUGAAGUCACCUACCGUAUGAACCAAGGACACGGAAACAAAUAUCUCACAUCUUUUGGAACGGGCUCCACCGCUUGGGGAGCGAAAAUUACAUCUUUGGUCCCCGUUGAGCGUGAAUUCGGUGCCCUAUGUGCUCUACAGUACUAUGAUCUAUGCGAAGAGAUUGUUUUAGCCAAGCCGUCCCCCAUCCUCACAUACGCGGAGUCAACGCUCCAACCCAUCAUGAAAAACUACACCAUCAACUCCGCCCAGGCUAAGGCGAUCAAAUCGGCUAUGGAUAACGAUGCCUUUACUCUCAUCCAAGGUCCUCCUGGGUCUGGUAAAACCAAGACCAUCACCGCUCUCGUGGGUAGUCUUCUCACCAGCAGUCUUGAAAAGGCCGGGGUCUCGAUUGGAAAGGGUAACCAAAGCACACGGGCUCCGGCGGCCCGUAAGAUUCUUGUGUGUGCACCAAGUAAUGCCGCCGUUGACGAAUUGGUCAUGCGUCUCAAGUCCGGAGUCAAAACCAUCCAUGGUCAAGAAGAGAAGAUUUCGGUUGUUCGUUUGGGUAGAAGUGAAGCGAUCAACGCUAAUGUUCUUGAUGUUACCCUUGAUGAAAUGGUUAAUGCUCGAUUGAACAGAGAGCCUGCCUCUGGCAAUCCUGGUGACAUGCAGAAGUUGUAUGACGAGCACAAAAAGACCGACACUUCCUUCAAAGAAAUCCGCACGAAUCUCGAUGAAAUCCGAAUCAAAGGUCUUCCUCCUCCAGCCGAGCUCGAGCGUGAAUUCGAGUACCUGAAAAAGCAACGAGCUAAUCUGAGUGCGGAAAUCGACAAACGUCGUGACCAAAACCAAUCCUUGACCCGUAAUGCCGAACUCCAGAAACGACAAGUCCAACGAGAGAUCAUUGAUGGUGCCCAUGUCAUCUGUACUACGCUGAGUGGUUCCGGCCAUGAAAUGUUCCAAUCUAUGAGCGUUGAGUUCGAAACAGUCAUCAUUGACGAAGCAGCUCAAUGUAUUGAGCUGAGCGCUUUGAUUCCUCUAAAGUACGGCUGCUCGAAAUGUGUGCUUGUUGGUGACCCUAAGCAGCUUCCGCCCACAGUUCUCUCCAAGAUGGCAUCUAAGUUCCAGUACGAACAAAGUUUGUUCGUUCGUAUGCAGAAGAACCAUCCAAAAGAUGUCCACCUGUUGGAUGUUCAGUACCGUAUGCAUCCAGACAUCAGUCGCUUCCCCAGUCUUACAUUUUACGAUGGCAAGCUCCAAGACGGCCCUGGCAUGUCAAAGAUCAAUACGCGUCCUUGGCAUCAGAGCGAACUGCUUAGCCCAUACCGAUUUUUCGAUGUUCAAGGCAUGCAUUCAAGUGCGGCUAGGGGCCACUCGCUGAUUAACUACGCGGAGUUGCAAGUCGCCAUGCAGUUGUAUGAGAGGCUCAUAACAGAUGUCAGGGACUAUGACUUCAAUGGAAAAAUAGGCAUCAUUACUCCUUACAAGGGCCAAUUGAGAGAGAUGAAGAUCAAAUUUUCCCAGAGAUAUGGUGAGGAAAUUCUGAAAAAAGUAGACUUCAACACCACAGAUGCGUUCCAAGGUCGUGAGAGCGAGAUCAUUAUUUUCUCCUGUGUUCGUGCCUCCAACAAAGGUAUUGGUUUCUUGGCCGAUAUUCGUCGUAUGAACGUCGGUUUGACUCGUGCCAAAACCUCAUUGUGGGUGUUGGGUAAUUCCCAAUCCCUGGUACAAGGCCAAUUCUGGAACGGUUUGAUUCAAGAUGCGCGUGCCCGCAACCGCUACACAGAAGGAAACAUCAUCCGCCUACUGGAUAAGCCACAGUUUACCGGCUACAAAGAAGAAGAAAUGGCAGACGUUGAGGAGAUUGUUGAGUCCGAUGCUCCACAAACACCAGCUGAAUCAAUCGCCUCCGUGCCAUCUAUCUCUCGACCUUCGUCGGCUUCAAUUGGGCUUGAUUCCCGACCGGCAUCGGUGUCCGCCUCGCAACGUGGCACCCCUCCGAUCCCCCUCCCCGAUGGACCAUCCGGUGGAGCAUCAGGCUUAGAUGAAUCAAAAAAUUGUGGAAUAUGUGGCAGCGCUGAACAUUUCACUCAUAAUUGUGACAAUACUGGCGCUCAACACGCUGCUCGGGGGCAAUGCUACCGCUGUGGACGGAAUGGCCACAGCAAAGUCAAAUGUACCACUGAGCGAUGUCGGGAGUGCGGUCAAUUUGGUCACAGAAUGCUUCAAUGCCAGGCGCCUGGAACGCUAUCCAAGCAAGCGAAAGCCCGGGUAGCCAAAGAAGAACGCGAUUUUGAGGCACUAAAGCGAAGCUUUGCCGAGCGUCAACGCAAGAACCAAAUUGGCCACCAUGAUCGCAAGGUACCUGUUGUUCAGGCAACUAGUGACAAGCCAAGCAAACCCGAAGACAAUCCCGGAGGCAAACGCAAGCGUACCGACAAUCCGGCAGCCGGAGCCCCUAAGGUAUCUCGUCCCCGCACAGAAAACCAACCACCACCAAAUGCUCCGAAGGGACCACGAGCCGGUGGUCCGCCCGCUGAUCUCAUCAAGCCAUCUCGAGACGGCCCUACACACUCCGGCGAAAACAACAAACCGCCACCGGGAGCCCCAUCUGGGUCCAAGAAUUCGACGGCCUCGAAUGCUCCGAACGCUCCGUCCUCGAAUGCUCCGCCCAAGCCGCGUCCCCCCAUGAUGCGCAAGAAAAAGCAGGCGGAUCCUUUCAUUCGGCCCAAACAGCGACGACCAUAG